UAUCUCCUCCAUGAUCUCCAUAAUCUCUUUGACUCCAUAUCUUUCUCAUCAAUUCAACAUUUCUAAUACUCACAUUUCUAAAAAAAGAAAGUCAGCAAUAAAACGAUGCCGUUUUGCGAGGUCGGAAAAUACCAAACCGGCAAUGACUCAAUUAUCAACAAUGGUAUAAAAAUCUUUUACAGAACAUAUGGCGCCGGACCCAUCAAAGUUUUAAUGAUCAUAGGAUUGGCUGCGACCCAUAAUUCAUGGAACCCACAAAUUAAAGGGCUAGUUGGGUCGGAUAAACCAAAUUCCGGCGACGAUGAUUGGAGCUCCGACGAGGCUGGUGAAGAAAAUGAGAAAGGUAUACAAGUGUGUGCAAUUGAUAAUAGAGGAGUGGGUCUUAGCUCAAUUCCAGCUAAAAAAUCAGCUUAUGGCACGAGUAUCAUGGCUAAAGACGCGAUAGCAGUGAUGGACCAUUUGGGUUGGAAGAAAGCUCACGUGUUCGGUCACUCAAUGGGUGGUAUGAUAGCUUCCAAACUGGCUGGUCUUUUCCCAGAUAGACUACUGUCUUUGGCAUUACUUAAUGUAACUGGUGGUGGCUAUGAAAUUCUUCCAAAGCUUGACCGUCGAACCUUAUCCAUUGCAAUUCGUUUUUUGAGGGCAAAAACUCCAGAGCAAAGAGCAGCAGUUGACCUAGACACUCACUACACACAGGAGUAUCUUGAAGAAUAUGUUGGACUUGAAAAAAGAAGAGCAGUACUAUACCGAGAAUAUGUUAAAGGAAUUUCAGCAAGCGGGAUGCAAUCAAACCAUGGGUUUGAUGGUCAGAUAAAUGCCUGUUGGACACACAAACUUUCUCGAACAGAACUAGAAAUGAUCCGUAAUGAAGGUUUUCUGAUUUCAGUUAUUCAUGGCAGAUAUGAUGUAAUAGCUCAAGUAUCUCAUGCAAGGAGGCUUGCAAAGAAAUUAUAUCCACUUGCAAGGAUGGUAGAACUUCAUGGAGGUCAUCUUGUGAGUCACGAAAGGACCAAAGAGGUCAAUGAAGCUCUACUUGAAUUGAUAAAUGCAUCAGAAAGCAAAACAAGUCCACAUGACUGGACAAAUUUACCGGAGAAGAGCACUGGCUUCUGGUCAAUGAGCCUGACGUCCACCAACACAUCUAAGUUAGAAGGAGGAAGCAGUAACGGAUCUACUAUGAUUGGCAUUGCUGAAACUUUUAAACGCAUCAUGUUAUACAUAUAUAGCAUUUUUGUAUUAGCAUUUGGAUACAUGAGAAAAAUUCCAAGGCGUAUAAGGCCGGUUAGGGUGGGCACUGGUUUCACAUGAUUGGUGAUGUUAUAUUUAUAAACAUCAACAGCCUGUCUAAUGGUAAUUUUCUGAACAUAUAUAUCAAGAUGACGGAUGAUAGAUGUAAAGGCUCGCCAGAUUGCAGAAAGCAUGAAAGACAUAACACAAUAACAUAUAGAAACAUCAGAUAUACCGAAGGUUGAUGGUGGGAGUUUGAAUGAGAAUUGAGAUCAAUCUGAAAGCAUAAUUUAUAUUCAUAAAUCAUUUCAUAUACUGUACAAUCAAAGCAAAAUUUAUAGUCAUAUUUAUAAAAUUAUACCUGAUUGUAAAAACAAAAACAUCAUGUUCACGCAUCGAGUUUUUUCUAUA